AAUUCAGUAUCGCUCAACAAUAUGACUUCUAACAAUUUGUUCGCAAUAAAUCCUGAUCGAGAGCUGUUAAUUAUUGGGACAGUUUACUCUUUACUUCCAGCAAUCAUAUUUCCAGUAUAUUUUCUCAUAAUUCAUGCUUUACACUCCAGAAGUGAUCUUCGAGAAAAUAUAUCUUACAAACUAUUGAAUUUACUCAAUUAUUGUGAUGUUUCUCAAGCUGUGUGUCAUUUCUUUACCGGGCUUUUCCUCAUUUUCCCAUUUAUUACAGAAAACAUUCAGUACAUUGUUAGGAUCUUUGGCUGUACUGCUAACACCCUCUGGCUUGCCACGUUUGUGAUAAUGGCAAUACUUGCGAGUACUCGAAUUGGAAUUGCUUUCUUUAAAAUAAAACCUACAAAAUGGACAAUUUGGAUGAUAAUAUGCCUCAUCAUUGGAUCUGUGUAUAUCUUUCUGGUAUGGAUAGUUGGAUGUAUCACUCAAAACUUCCAACUCAUAGGACCAGCUUGGUCAUACGACAUGGAAGUGAAGUUUGCGGGCCUCUUUGCUGAGCUCGAGUUGGUGUUAUGCUUUCCAACUCUUGCUCUCAGCUUCUGCUCUUACAUCCUUAUCAUCUACAGCAUUUACAAGAAACGAAAAUUAGCCCAGUCUUCGUCAUCGUCUCUUCGGACAGAAAUCGGAAUUUUGAUUCAGGCGACGGUUCUCACGACAUACAUGGCUCUUUUGAUAACUCUAUGGCACAACGCAGGGGUGUCCGAAAACAAAUUCUCAAGCCAUUCUGCUCCAAAAGCCGUUUUGCACAAACAUCACGGCUCGGCCCAUUGACUCAUCUCAGCUCCACAACUCCUAUUGAAAAAUGAAACUUUUAACUAACAUUUUUUUGUGACAGUGUGCACAAUCUCAAUGAUAUAAAUAUUCAACAUUUUUUAAUAAAGACAGUUUUACUA